GUCGAUAUGACCUUAAAGGUCGGAAGUGUUUGUAAAUAUUAAAACACCUGUUUUUGAUAGUUUGCAAGGUCAGUCGCACUUCAAACUGUAGAAAAGUCUCUCAUCAACGGAUAUAUGCUUAUUGUUAUUUCGGCCAAAUUAAUAAUGACUAUAUGAUCUUAGAUUUUUAGACCAAUUCCACUACGUUGAUAUACUACUUCGUUCUCAUCAUGCAGAAACGCAUUUUAUUCGAAGCUAACUCAAUGAAUCCAUUUUUCAGAUGUCAUAUAUCCGGCGCUUCGAACAUAUCCUUGGUCAAAUCAAAUCUUCUUCGCACUCAAGUUGUGAAAUUAUCUACAUCUCAACAGUCGACACAUUUGGAAUUCAUGUACGAAAAAAUGUGUUCGAGAAUCUUGUACCGGUUUUUAAUAUUUCGCAUAUUUAUAUCCAAUGAGCAAGAAUUUAAGUUCGAUCUAAAGUUUUCUACAAACGACAAAAGACCACUUAUCUUCACUUUUUCUACAAAGAUUCAGUCUAUAACCAUCAAGAAUUUUACUGUGAUGGUUCCCUUGUCUACGGUUUUAAGAUCAGCGUGGUUAAAUCUUACGAUUGAUUUGUUUUCUUUUAUAUACGACUUAAAUGUUCAAGAUGGCCUUAAGAAGCUGCAAACCAUCACGGUCUACCCAUUUUGUUAUUUAUCCGAGCUUUCAGUCACUUCAUCCUCCAUCAGUGAUGUUUCCAUUCUCGAUAAUCCUCAAACUUCAGAAAACAACAUGCCAGAAAUUUAUCAGGUUUUAAACGUUCCGAAAAUUCGUUUGGAUGAAUGGAGAAGAGCCGAACGGAUAAAUUUACGAGGGAGUGAAAACUCAAAGAAUCUUUUCAAGGUAUCACAAUUAACUACAGGUGGUGACCAAUCAUGUACGAAAUCAACUCAGUCCUCAUCAGUAGAGGGUGAGAAAUGUAUUUUAGGAGGACAAAAUUCCGAAAGGAAACGAAUAUCUCUUCAAAUAAACAGGGUUUGCAUUAAUGAACAGAGUUAUACAGGUUUUAGUAAAGUACCUACUGGUUCAGAUGUUUCUAAAGAUCCAAGAAGUUUUAGCGCCGGUGCCAUUUCCAAUCGUCUAACUAAUACUGCCAAAAAUUCUACAAGUUUAUUGUAUUAUGCAGAACAAAAUAUAAAUUCAAAUCAAUUAAAAGUUAUGAAUAAUAUGAAAUCAGAAAUAGAGCAGUCCUAUCAACAACAAUAUACUAUAGAAAAACAAUAUCAGUCUAUUCGUUUAGGCAGUUUAUAUUUAUUUAAUAGUCUACCUCAACCUGCACCAAGCUUUUUAACGCAAUCAUGUAUUAAAAAAAUCGAAACUAAAGAGAUCGAUGAAAAAUUAGAGAAUAAGGACAUUGUAAUCUGCUCAAAAAGUCCUUAUUUACAACGUAUUAGUAUAGAUCAUCAUUCGUUAAAAGAAUUAACUGAUGCAGAUUUGAAAUUUAAAGUGAUUAUGGCAUCUACUACAUAUCAUUUAAAUAAUGAUAUUCCUUUAUCAAAUGAUUAUACCAUCUUGGAAACAAAUGAGAAUUUAUUAGAAAAAACUGACUCAUAUAAAUCUAAUGAAAAUGAUGAAAAUAAUAAUAAAAUGGUUUGUACACCACCUCCUAUCGAUUUAGCCGGAUAUGAACAAUCUGAUGAUUUAUCAGCCAGUUUUGAAGCGUCACUUUUAGCUAGCCUUAAACAAGCAGUACUUGGUGAAGCUAUAGAACCUGAUUUACAGUUUUUAUCAUCAUCAAAACAACAAAUAACCAGUAAUAAUCAUAAUAACAAGUUGAGAAAAACAAUCACAACACCAGUGACAAAUGUGAAAUAUCCACAUUCUGAAAUAUCAAAAUCAAUACCAGUAUCACCACAAAGUAUUAAUUCUUUUUCACACAUUUUUGUAUAAGAUAUGCUUUUAUUCAUUAUAGGGUUGUGAAGGCUGUUGAGUUUCAUUAAGAUAAUGAACCGAUCAGUGUUAGACCACCACAGAACACCUUGAAGCACUGGACACCAGUUUCAUCCUAGUAUGGGACUCUUCAACAAUGAGCACCUACCAUUCCGUAUCCUGACUCAGACCCAGGACUUUCGGUCUCAUACGAACGCUGAACCCCUAAACCACUGAGCCGGGAUCUGACGGUGUUAAUGCCUAAGUUCAAUCAAUUCACAACAUUGCUCGACCGUUCAGUGCUUCCGGGUUUUCAAUGGUCCAUCAUUAAACAAUCUUAAAAAGAACAUGUUAAAUACAAUUGAAAAUGAAAAAUGUGAUAUUGUGAUUGCACUUCAAAAACAAAUAUUAAAUGUCAGCUUCAGUGACAAUGAUGAUUACAACGCGGGCGAUGAUACCACUACAACCGAUGGUUUAGGAUCAUUAAUUUAUUUACGUUAUCACUUGGCACGUCAUCAUCAGCAUUACGAACAUGAGGAUCAACAUCUAGUUCAUGCAAGACGUGAUGGUCACUUACUACUGGGUAUGAAUCACCAGUUAUUGACAAAAUCAAAAAAAAGCACUUGUCAACAAAAUGGUUACACGUGUAGAAAUGAAAAUGAUCCUGCCAUACUUACUCCUUCUCGUGCAUCAUCGUUGGUUCAUCAACGUACACACAGUACAGAUGAUGUAUCACAAUUAAUUACAGGUUUUGAAUUGUCUAGUCAUUGGGGUACUGAAACAGCAAAAUGCAGGAGCGAGUGGAGAAAGCUCGGGGUACUAUUAUAGUUAAAGUAGUCCGAGGAAUACUGCUUAUUUCGGUGAAUUACUCAAAUGUUACUACUGGCUCGUUUUUUUCUGUGUUGUAUGAACUUCAUUCUGGACCUUGUGUGUUUACUUAAUAUCUAGUAAUUUAAAUGUAGUCAUAGUAUCGUGUACAUUGAUAAUAAUAAUUCCAAUUUCCUUCAA